CGCUGUGACGAUGAGGUGACAGAAAUGCCAAAUGUGGUCCAAAAUGAGUAUGUAGUUUUCCCCAGUGCAGCUGAUGAAGCCAUCGUAAAGAGUCAAUUCUAUGAAGUGUGUGGCUUUCCGGGAAUUUUGGGUGUGAUGGACGGCAGCCAUAUUAAGAUUGUGGCUCCGAAAGCUGAUAAUGAAAGCGCCUAUUACUGUCGGAAAGGAGGACACUCUAUUAACUUGUUGUUAAUCUGCGAUUCAAAGUAUACAAUAAGAUAUGCGAACGCCAAAUUUCCGGGAACAUCUCAUGACUCUUAUAUAUGGCGCUGUACACAACUACAAAAUUAUUUAAAAGAAAAAUAUUUAAGAGGAGAACGAAACUUCUGGUUAUUAGGCGACAGUGGAUUCGUUCUCCAGCCCUGGUUAAUGACACCAAUUUCCGAAGCAUCAAAUGCUGCAGAAGAGCGCUAUAACAUAGCACAUAAAAAUACUCGAUGUAUUGUUGAACGUUGUAUAAGAGUAUUGAAAGCACGUUUUCGUUGUCUUUCUUACGAAAGGUGUUUAUACUAUCAGGGAAAAUAAUUAAUGCAUGCAUUGUGUUGCACAUUUUAAUAAAAGCAAACGUUCCGAUAAUUGAAGCCUUAACUGAUGAGAGUGAAAUACGUGAAGAAGGUUCUACAACGGGUCAGACUGCAAUACAAAACCA